AUGACGCUCACCGGUCCUGUGCCUAAAGUCUGCAAAAGCACAUCUGACGACGCCUCCAGAGAGGGCACUGACCAGACACGCUACGUGAAGAAUUUUGGCAGCUGGACGAAAUCAAUGGCGCUUGAUCCUUCCGUCGACUGCGCCCAGCUCAGUGAGCAGUCCACCUCCGCUGACAUUCAGGCAUGUGUGUGGUCAGGUCUGUGCGGAACUCGAAAAGACUUGGACUUGGGUCUGGCGGCAGACCGCCACUAUCGGCGACAGGUAGCACACGCUGGAUCUGUCGACCUGUUGAAAGAUGCAGCUGAAACCCAACAGUACCGACAUGAACCGCUUCCAGGUCCUGGCCAUAUCAGGGUCCUGGUCGUACAGCCAGCAGCGUUUCCUGGUUCACCCGUGAUUUGUGAGAUUGGAACAUGCCGGCUUGAUUCGUCUGCCAUCUAUCAGGCCUUGUCCUACAGUUGGGCAACGCAGGAUGGCAUCCAAGCGUUCGAACGAUCGAUCAUGAUCCAGAGUAGGAAGAAGCUAGUCACGCGGAACCUAUUCGAAGCCCUAUGUCGACUACGCCAGCCCAAAGAUUGGACCCGCCUUUGGGUCGACGCCGUGUGCAUUGACCAAGACGAUGAUACCGAAAGGACCCACCAGGUUGCCAACAUGGCCUUGAUAUACAAAACCUCGAUCAGUGUCAUCGUUUGGCUGGGCGAAGGCGAGACCGCGGAGGAUGAUGCCGUUGUGCUUGCACUGCUCAGCAGCCUGGGUAACGGUCACAGCUCAGCUAGACAGGUCGCGAGACAUUCCUUCAGGUCGAACACACGGCGAGAGCCCCACUGUCGCCACACGAAGUAUCUUCAGCGCUUGCUGCGACUUGCUGAUAUGGCCGGAGACGAGCGCGACGACAGUGGAAAGUGA